UGUGGUGCAGUUCGGAGUCGAUAGCCGGCUGACAAAAGCGAGCGCGUGCGCAUUCUUGGAUGUGCAGCCUGGCGCAUGCGUUGUAACCGCGCAGCCGCGCAUGCGCACUCCGUGUGUCCGGUGGCAGAUCCUCAUCCUGACAGACAGAUAGAGGGAUGUGGGCGCAGAGCUGAUACCGGCGCUACCGGCUGAGACCCGACCACUGGGGCUACUGACACGUACUGUAAUGUAAUAAACAGACCAGAUCCAGCAACAUGGGCCGACGACGUCACCCCAUUCUGUACAGCGCCCCUUUCCCCUUGUACUCCGUGCGCAUAGACCCCAUAAGGGGAAUCAUCAUCACAGCCGGCGGGGGAGGAGCCUCAAAAACUGGCAUCAAAAAUGCUGUGCUUUUCCUGGAACUGGAACAGAUUUCGGGCAGACUCAGCGCGUCCCUCCUGCACUCGCUCGACACUGAGACCAGAGCCACCAUGAAUAUGGCAGUAGCCGGGGAUGUGAUCGCUGCCGGACAAGACUCCAACUGUCACAUUCUGCGCUACCAGGUCCAUUCACAGGACGAGAGGAGGGACAAGAUGAAACAGGAAAAGGCUGGAACCAACGACAGAACAUCCAGAAACAGAAGGUGCUCCAAAGCCAAUAUUGAGGGGGGCAGCGAGGGAACCAAAAAUGAGACCCCCGACGUCUCUAUUGAGCUUCUCCACACGGUACAGACCGACACCAGCACCGACACCCUCCAAAAAGCCGUGUACUUCAACCAGGACUGUACCAAGCUGCUUACGGGGGGAGUGGAUGGCUACCUGCGCGUGUGGGAGUUCCCCGGGAUGAAGAAGCUUCUGGACUUCAAAGCUCAUAAUGGUGAAAUUGAGGAUAUUGCCUUCAGUCCAGGAAACCAGGUGGUGAGUGUGGGACAAGAUUUCCGCUGUUGUGUGUGGGAGGCAGAUCAGCUGCUCCUGGAGUUGCACUGGAACGAGAACCUGCCCAAUAUCCCUGAUAAAAUGUACCGAUACCGAGCCUGCAGAUUUGGGAAAGUGGCGGAUCAGAAAGAGGCGCUGUGUCUAUACACUGUUCAGAUCCCGUAUAAGAGAGAGCGACGCCCCCCACCCUGUUACAUCACUAAGUGGGACGGACUUCGUUUCCUGCCCCUCGUUACCCAGCCGUGUGGGAAUGAAGUGAUCUCCUGUCUGACAGUCAGUGACUGUGGCAAGUUCCUGGGCCUGGGCACGGUGACCGGCUCUGUGGCUAUUUACAUUUCCUUUUCUCUGCAGAGACUGUACUACGUGGAGGAAGCGCAUGGCAUUGUGGUCACAGAUUUGGCUUUCUUUCCGGGGUCCCAACGAUGCCGAACUCUCCGGGGGAACAAUGAGACGGCCCUGCUGAGUGUGGCUGUGGAUAGUCGCUGCAAGCUCCACCUCCUGCCCAAUAGACGAACGUUCCCCGUGUGGCUGAUGUUGCUGCUGUGUUUCAUAUGUGUGAUCCUUGUGCUGCUCCUCCUGCAGCAAAUCUUCCCGGACUUCCUAUAGAGACCCCGACCCGCAAGAUACUCGCACACGUUGUCCAGAACUGUUUCAUGGGCCCCUUACAUGGGGGCGCAGGAGAGACUGUAAUGGGGCCACUCUCCGUAGGGUUGGUGAGUUCAGCCUCUCUGUGUUGCUGCACGUGAUUGGCUGUUAGGGAGUUGAUCAUGUGCAAGAGAAGGAAUGCCCCCGGGCACAGUGGGGCUUCGGAGCAACAAGUCUGCCAUGUUUAUAUGGGGAACCCACAAAAUUCAAAGCUAUGAAGGACCCAGGGGUCUCCCUCUUUUUCUGAUGGACUAAAAAACUCUAAUGUCUUAAUAAGUACCCCAUUUAUUACCCCUCCCCCCCCCAAACACACUGAGCCAAACCCAGUCCCAUCUCUGCCUAAAACUCCUUUGCUUUUGCGUUUCCCAUCAGCCACUGGUUCCCAAGUGGGAUUGAGCGUGCAUCAUGGGUAAUCCUAGUGAUUCUACAUGGCGGGUGGGGAAGCUUUCCAUUUUACUAAAAAUACCCAUUUUAAUGUAACUUUUCCUUUAAAUCUGUCAUUUUAUUCAUCUCUGUGUGUGCCAGGCAAUUGGGGGCAUGUUGAACCCAGAGAAUAUUGGGGGAACAGCAGCUGCCAGUGUGUAUAAAUAUGUGCCAGGCUAUGGGGGGGACGGAUGCAUUAGCCAGUAAAGAUUUGGGGGGCUGUGACUGCUCGAAGCACCUUCUUUCUAUUUAUGUCAUUUUAAAAAAUUAUAAACAAUGAACUGGAUCUCAUUAGAAA